AUAUAAGAUGUGAUUUCUUACAUGUAUAUUAUAAAAAAUAGCUCUUAUAAUAUAAAUGGCUCUUGUUUAUCUAACUCCUUCUUUGUCAAAGGAGAUUAUUAAACGUAAAAAUAACAAUGACUCAGAUAAAAAUGACAAUGACUCAGCACGAUAAAAAUGACAAUGACUCAGCACUACGUCAUUAGUUUGCGUGAUAAUAAAAGAUAAUUUGUGACAUAAAUAACAUUUCUUAUUUUUUGCGUGUUUAAGAUAAUGUUGGAUUGAAAUAUAAGUGAGUUCCUUCUUCGCUGCAUUAGUAGUGUUAAUUCAUAUGAACACGCAAUAUGUGAUGAUCAGUGAUUUUAUACAGUUUUACAUUUGUAAUAAAUAUAAUCUGAACUGUAUCUAGUGACUAGUAAAAUAAUUGGUUUUCUUGUGCAAUAAAGGCAAAAAAUAUCAAUACAAGAUGUUAAUAAGCGGGCUUUUUAUCUCCAUCCUAAUAUUAGUAUAUAUUUAUUAUAAGUACGUAAUAUUCAAUUUCUGGCGAAAAAAAGGAGUGUUUGUACCUGUCGAACCUGUUGUACCGACUGGCAAUGUGACAAAAUUUGUGAUUGGAAAAAUGUCAAUAGGCGAACUCAUGAAAAAUUUCUAUAUGAAAUAUAAGGAACAUCGUGUUAUUGGAAUCUAUACAUUUUUCAAACCAAAUCUGAUAGUCGCCGAUCUCGAUCUAAUUCAAACUGUGCUCACGAAGGAAUUCAAGAGUUUUCAUGAUCGUGGAAUGUAUUGCAACGAAAAAAUCGAUCCACUAUCUGGUCAUUUGUUUUUAUUGCCCGGAAAAAAGUGGCGGAAUUUCCGCGUCAAAUUGACACCGACUUUCACAUCCGGCAAGAUAAAGCAAAUGUUUGCUAUUAUAAAGGAGUGUAGUGAAGGGUUGACGAAGAGUUUAGAAAUGGAAACUCAUACAAAAAAUGCUGUCAACAUCAAAGAAUUAUUUGCAAGAUACACGACAGACGUAAUUAUGUCAACCGCAUUUGGAAUAAAGUCCAACUGCUUAGUUGAGCCGAAUAAUGAAUAUCGAUAUUGGGGAAAGAAAUUUUUGGAAUUGAAUCCUUUUUGGACUGCUAUAAUGUUUUUCACACCGCAAAUUUUGGACUUCUUUUCCAUUCCCAUUACGGACCGUGGUGUUAGCAAAUUUUUCACGAAAUUAUUCUGGGACAAUGUGAAGUACAGGCAAACUCACAACAUCGUCAGACACGAUUUUAUGAAUCUACUUAUACAACUCAUAGAGAAAGGCUACGUUGAAGUCGACGAUAACAAGAACACCGCCAAUAAAUCUUCUAACACGAAUAAAUUUACCAUUCUGGAGGCGACCGCACAAGCCUUUGUCUUCUUCGUAGCCGGCUUCGAGACAUCGUCGACCACGGCUACGUUCUGCUUGUAUGAGUUAGCUAUACAUCAGGAUAUACAAGACAAAGUUCGCCAGGAGAUCAUUCAGAUGUUGAAAAAGCAUGGUGGACUGACUUACGAUGCUAUGAACGAAAUGACGUAUCUGCACAAAGUAGUCCAAGAAACCUUACGGAAAUAUCCACCUGUUCCUAUUUUGAACCGUAUCUGUACCAAGGAUAUGGUUAUGCCAACGACAAAUGUUCGCAUUCCGGAAGGAACAAACAUCACUAUACCAGUACUAGGAGUGCAUCGAGAUCCAUCAAUAUACCCGGAUCCGGACAAAUUCGAUCCUGAACGUUUCAACGCGGACCAAGUGGCUGCAAGACAUCCUUACGCUUUUUUGGCAUUUGGUGAAGGACCACGUGUCUGCAUUGGUACAAGGUUUGGUUACGUGCAAGCAAAAGUUGGGAUUAUAAGCGUAUUGUCGAGAUUCAAGGCUAAAUUGCAUCCCCAAACUGCGAUACCACUCGAAAUUGAUAAUAAGAUAUUUGUACUCAAUGCAAAAGGUGGUGUAAAUCUUAUUAUUGAACCGCUAUAAGCUAACCACGCUGAUACUUUUAAAUAGUAAUAUGAAUCCUGACGAGGUAUGUGGGUGCAAAAUGUUACAUACAAACAUCAAAAAAAAGAAAUGCUGACACUCUAGUAAUAUUAUUAAAACUAAUUUUUUUUUAUAAAUAAAAUAUGGCCGUAUUUAAAAACGUAAACAAAAAAUGUCGUUGAUGCAAAAAAAUCAAGCACAGUAUGAUAUUAUCACGAAAUCUAUCGCAUAAAAAAAAUGGCCAAUUGGCCAAUUGAUGACUGGUUGAAUGCGACAUGUAUGUACAUCGACCGGGGUAAUAGUUUUAACAAAUUAUCGAUUGCGACUCAUAGAGAAUAUAUUACGCAAAAACGUGUAAGGUAUAAUAACUAAAUAUCCUAAAAAUAUGCCAGGACAUUUUAAACAUACUAGAAAUGAUCUCGAGAGCUUGUCUUGUCCAACUGUGUUUCAAACACAUAAUACGCAGAAAUUUAAAAAACAUUUGUUUUACUUAAAUUUUAUAACAUAUACGAUACGAAUUCUUCUUUCUGCAUUGUAAUUCAUUUUUCAACUUAAUGUCAUUAAUCAAAUUAUGUGCGUAAACAACAAUAUAAGAUGUGAUUUUUUAUAGGCAUAUUAUUAAAUAGUGGCUCUUUAUCUAGCUCUUCUUUCGCAAAGAGGAUUAUCAAUGAUAAAAACGAUAAUAAUUCAGCACUACGUCAUUUAUUUGCGUGAUAACAAAAUAUGUAGCCUGCUGACUUAAAUAACACUUCUCAUUUCUUGCGUGUUGAAGAUAAUGUUGGAUUGCAAUAUAAGCGAGUUCUCUCUUCAUUGCAUUCGUGUCGUUAGUUGAUAUGAACAUGCAAUAUGUGAUUAUAAGUGAUUUUAUACAGUUUUAUAAUUGUGAAAAAUAUAAUUUGAACUGUAUCUAGUGACCAAUAAAAUAAAUUGGUUCUCUUGUGCAAUAAAGGUAAUAUUAGCAACGGAUUUACAAUGAACAUUCCCUUCUUGUCUUAAUUGACCAUGUAUUUUGAAAGUGAUGUAAGUGCACUAUCUUCUUCUACGAGAUAUCAAAACAAAGGGAGAUUUAAAUAGAUUGCAUAUUACAAAAAUUGAAUUGACUGUGAACUAACUACAUCUUUAAAUACAAAAUUUUAUAUUUUACAUCGAAUGGAACAGAAUUGAACGAAAAAUUUUUCACUGUUAUAUAUCAAUUAAUAGGAAAGAUAAUUUCUUAAGAAAUCGAAAGUAUGCCGGAACGAAUGAAAUUGUGUUUAUUACUGUAAAUUUAAAAUAUAUAAAACUGCAUAAAAAUAAGCGCCGAUUGCAAUAGCUGAUGAUUGUUGUUUCAAGAGUG